UUACUUUUCUUUUCUGGGACGAGCAAAUCCAGCUGAUUGAAUCUCACAACACAUCAUAAACAAAACAGAUUUUUUAAUAUUGUCAAUUGUCAAUGCUUAUAAUUAACGAUGAUAAUUGCUGAUUGUGCCUGAUUUAUAAAAUCUGGAAAACAUCCUAUCAUAAUCUUCUCGACUGUCAAACAGAAUGGCUUUCCUGUCGGGCGAGAAGGCCUUGAUUGAUCCGGCAGAAAUAAAAACGGAGAAAGAGGAGGAAUUUGAAAACGGUUAUACAACAAUGAACGUGGACUUGCCUGGAUUACUUAAAGAGCUGGAAUUCCUCGAGGAUACCUUUCGCAAGGCGGAAAUUAAGCUGGGGACAAUUAUUAACAAGUGGCAAAACUAUUUUGAAGAUGAUAUUUCAUGUAACGUCAAUUUGAUGCAAGAUUGGCUACGAUCAAUUAAGUCAUGUUUGGACGAAAUUACGCAAAAAUAUCGUGUCGACUUUGCAGCAGCUCCAUCGGAAUACUUUCAGAAUCUUGAGCUUCCCUUAAAAUUUGAAAUAAAAACAGGCGAUGAUGACAGCGACGGAGGAACAGACAAAAGCCGAGAAGAUGUUCGACGCGAGCGUAAAACGCGGAGAAAGUCUCGUAAUCAAGAACUGACAUUUGCACCUCAUCAUGAAACAGAUUCCGGAGACGACCAGCCUUCCCUAGGACAUAUUUCCGACCCCGAAGAUACAGAUUGGACCCCUCCUCCUCAAGAUGAUUCUCCUCAGCCAACUAAAAAGCCAAAUCGUUCCAAAAAACAGAAAACAAAUAUUCCCAAAAAUCCAGAAACAGAUGAAACCUCUUCUCCCUUAGAAAAACAGAAAAGAUACAGAAGGUCAAAAUUUGGUCCUCCACCCCCACCUACAUCCGAGUGUCCCAUUUGUCGCAAAGUUUUCUCCCGUUUGGGAAUGAAAAGUCACAUUAAACGGCGUCACGAACCUCAAGGAUUAAAAUUUCCCUGCUCCCAGUGUCCAUCCCGCUUCCAUUCGAAAAGUAGUCUGAAAACGCACAGUGUGACUCAUUCGGACAGCAAAUCGUUCAUCUGUCAAAUUUGCGGCUGGGCGUUUCAUCAGCACACGAAUUUGAUCUCCCACAUGAAGACACACUCGGAAGAGAGGCCCCUAAAAUGCGACCAGUGUGAGGCGACCUUCAAGUUCAGUCAGUCCUUGAAAUUGCACACGGAGGCGAUGCAUUCCUCCGUAAAGCAGCAGUGCUUCUCCUGUGGGAAAAUGUUCAGUACGGUGAUGAAGUUGAAACGGCAUGAGCGGCAGGUCCACCAAUCCGUGAGGAACCAUCCUUGUCCCAGGUGUGAUAAAUCGUUUAAGAGGAUUGCACACUUGAGGUAUCACGUGAAAACGCAUGAUAAUCCGAAUACGAAAAAUAGAGGGUUAAAUAAAACUAAGGAGUAAUUUGUAAUUAAUACUUGGUUUUUAUACAAUUUUUGGUAUUGGUUGUAAUUUCUUAACGCGGAAAAUAUAUAUUUUAGAUAUGUAUACUCGUAGAAUCUAUCAUUGUUAUUUUUGCAAAGUUUAUUUAUACAAAUGAUUCCCAUAAUAGGAUUCGGUCCAGAAGUAAAGAAACAUUUGAAAAA